AUGGCAGGCCAGCGCCGGGUUACAGGCGAUGGAGAUUUGGGGACAGGAGAAAACAACAACAACAGCAGCAGCAGCAGCAGCAGCAGGCGCGGCAGCAGCAGCAGCAGGCGUACCUUGAGGCCCCCUGCUCAGCUGCGCAGCGAUUUGCUGCUAGCGGAGCAGAGCAGCGACGGAGCAGCAGCAGCAGAAGCGCGUGCUGCAGCGUUGGCAGCUAUUGUAGCAUCUGCUGCUGGGGGCGCAGCACCCGCAGCAGCAGCAGCAGCAGCACCAGCAGCAGCAGCAGCAACAACACGUCGAGCCUGCGGCUCAGAUGAAGGGGUGGGGGGAGGGCCGCAGCAAUGGUGCCGUACACCUCGCUGGCCAGGCAGCAGCAGCAGCAGCAGCAGCGCAGCAGCAGCACACAGCAGCGCAGCAGCAGCACACGGAAUAGCUAACCUCUUUAGAAACCACAACCUGCUGCGCUGGCAGCAGCAGCACCGCAACACGCGGCAGCAGCAGCAGCGCGUCUUAACAAGAUCUCCCUGCUGUUUGCUGCUGCAGCGCCACCUGGUGGAGUAUGCACAGCAGCAGCAGCGGCAGCAGCAGCUGCUGCAGCACCACCGCAUGCACCGGAGGCAGCAGCAGCAACAGCAAACCAACAAACACUCACAGAAACGCAGCCACCCCCCAGCUAGCCGCUGCUCCCCGCUAAAACCCCAGCAGCAGCAGCAGCAGCAGCAGCAACUGCUUCAGCAGCAGCAGCAGCAAGAACGCCGCUGCCGCGGGCAGCUGCUACACCCGCCCAUUGACCUCCACGAUGCAGCAGCAAACACGCAGCAGCAGCAGCAGCAACAGCAACAGCAACCAGAGCAGCACGGACCGCAGCAGCAGCAGCAGCAGCAGCGGCGGGCUGAGCAGCAACACACCUCCCGCGUGCUGUCGCGGCAGCGCCAAAGUCGCCUGCGGCUGCAGCAGCAGCUGCUGCAAGCCCGUGAGGAGCAGCAACAGCAGCAGCAGCAGCAGGAGCAGCAGCAGCUGGUGCCUGCUUCUGUUUUGUUUGCUUCUCAGGAACUACGUGCUGCAGCGGGAGACAGUGAAGAUGAAGCCCUGUGGCUGCCAACAGCAGCAGCAGCAACUGCUGCUGCUGCUGCUGCUGCACCGGACGGCCGCCGCAGCCAACGCAAGACCCGCAGGGCCCACAGCGUGAGAAGAGCCCAGAGCGUCGCCAGCAGCAGCAGCAGCAACAGCAGCAGUAGCAGCAGCAGCAGCAGCAGUAGCAGCAGCAGCAGCAGCAGCAGCAACGCGCAGGCCGUGGGUAGCAGUUUGCUGGAGCAGGCUCUGCUGCGGGCUGCCAGCUCUCGUUGCCCCGCAUGCAGCAGCAGCAGCAGGAGUACUGCUAUCAGUAAUAUUAGUAGCAGCAGCAGCAGUAGCAGUAGCAGCAUUGUUAGCAGCAAAAGUGCAGCUGUCUGCAGCUGCAGCCGAAGGAGUCCUUGUAUGUGCAUCAACAGCAGCAGCAGCAGCAGCAGCAGCAGCAGCACUCAGUUUAGCGGCUGCUGGUGUCGCGUUUGCUGCAACACCCGCUGCGGGAGACAGACAACGCACUGCCACGUAGGGGUUCCUUGUGCUGCUGCUGCAGCAGCAGCAGCAGGAGUGCUGCCGCUGCUGCUCUUCUUGGAUGCAGCUUCUUGGGGUGCCCUAGCAGCAGCAAGCCGAACUGCUGCUGCGGCGCUGGCCUCCUGCGGCGGCAGAGACAGCUGUAUGCUGCUGCUGCUGCUGCAGCAGCAGCAGCACCCAUCCCUCCUCCUUUGCUCAGGCGGGGAGCCCUAUGCAUGCAGUCUCCCGCUGCCGACGCUGCGUUCGAGCAGCCGCUUUCAGCAGCAGCAUCAGCAGCAGCAGCAGCAAGAACUGCUGUGGAGGAGGCGCGCGGGGACCCAACCGGCUCUACCUACAGUAGCAGCAGCAGCAGCAGCAGCAAAGGCUUCGGGUGCUUCUGUUGCUGCAGAUUCUUCAGAGGUGCCGGGGGCUUGUCUUGUGGUUGGCUGCGGGAGAACGAAGCAGCAGCAGCAGCAGCAACUGAGCUGUGCUGCUGCUGCUGCUGCGCUGCUGCGUGCAGGAGCUGCUGCUGUGUCACCGCCUCUUUCUGCUGUGGGGCAGCUGCAGCAGCAGCUGCUGACGAGUAAGGGAUGGAGCAGCACGCAGCCGCUGCUGCAUCAAGCCUUUCUGUCUCCCCCGCCUGUUGCAGCAGCAGCAGCACCAGGAGCAGCAGCAGCAGGAGCAGCAGCAGCAGCGCCGUUGGUGCUUACCCGCUGCAUAGGGCGCAACUCAGCUUGGGGAGGCUCGCUGUGCUGCUGCAGCAGAGUCCCUGCUGCUGCUGCUUUGCUGCUGUCUGUAGAUGCAAGCAACACCUGCUGCUUAUUUUCUUUGUUAGGGCCGCUGCAGCUGCGCAUACAGCUGCGGCGCUGCUUCCGUCUGUCUCCUUUCGCUGGCUUUGCUGCUGCACCUGUCUUUGGAUGGCAGCAGCAGCAGCAGCAGCAGCAGCAAAGCUGCCGCUUUUGGACCUCAGCUGUCGAACGCAUCUGCAGCAGCAGCAGCAGCAGCAGCAAACUCCUUGUGGGGCAGCAGCCCCGACCUGAUUUGCUCAGCCCUCCUGCUGCUGCUGCUGCUGCUGCUGUUGUGGCGCUGUACGAUUUGCAGCAGGAUUCUUGUUGUUGGGGUGAUGAUGGCUGCAGCAGCGGCUGCGUGAGCUGCAGCAACAGCAGCAGCAGCUGCAGCUGCUGCAGCAGCAGCAGCUGCUGCAGUGUACGUACACCUGAAAUUAUAAGACCCCAAGGAGAAGUAGAAAUUGCAAGAAGUGCAGGGCAGUUUAUUGUGGAUAUGGCGCCCUUAGAUGAGCCCGCGCUGCUGCUGCUGCAGCAGCAGCAGCAGCAAGGCGUGCUGCUGUCCUCCGGUGCCGUCUGUGCUGUCGAUCUGCAGCGCAUGCAGUGCGUAAAUCGACUGGAUCUUCCGCGUUUGUUUUCCGCCUCUGCAGCAGCAGCAGCAGUACCAGCAGCAGGAUCAACAGCAGCAGCAGCAGCAGCAGCAGCAGCAAGCGGCUGGGCACGUCGUUUGCUGCCUCUCUCUAGAGCAACACAAGUCGUAGUACUGGCCAAAGAGCUGCUGGUAGCAGAUGCAAGAUCUCCUCAUCUUAUCAGAGCAGCACAGCUGCAGCAGCAGCAGCAGCAGCAGGCAGCACAAGAAGAUGAGCUUGUUAUUGCUGCAGACAUGAUGGGACAGACGUUCGCAGGUUUAACAGACAGGGGCUCUGUGCUGCUGCUAGAUAUGAGGUCUCCUACGCUGCUGCAGCGGCUUGCUGCUCCUCCGCUGCAGCAGCUGCAUGCAGCACGUGCUGCUGAUUCACAUUCUGUCUCCUUUUAUUAUGUUCCGGGCGCUUACAGCCCGGUGUCUCCUCGAGUUGUUAUGCUACGCAGCAGCAGCAGCAGCAGCAGCAGCUGCAGCUGCUGCAGCUGCAGCAGCAGCAGCAGCAAAAACAACAGCAACAAGAACAGCGGCACCACCAGCCCUGCUACCUGCAGCACCAGAGACACAGGCUAUGAAUUGUCUCGCUCUUGCUGCAGCUCGUUUGAAUCUGCUGCUGCUGCUGUCGGCCCUGCUGCUGCAGCUGCUGCUCCUGUGGCUGCAGCAGCAGCGCGGAAUUUGCAGCAGCAGAAGUUGGUUCUUUUGUUACAGCAGGAGCAGCAGCAGCAGCUGCAGCUCCUGCAGCAACAGCAGCAGCUGCAGCAACAGCAGCAGCUGCUGCUGCAGCAGCAGCAGCAAGUUGUUGCUGCUCAGCGAGCAAUAA